ACGUCAACUAUUUGAUUAUUUAUAGUAAUAUUAGUUUAAAGAUAUCUAUUUAACAGCUUUAGAUAUUUGCUGUUUAUAAUACUGUAAAUAUAUUCACUACUUUGAUUUUAUAUUUCAUAAUUAUUUCAUAUAAAAUGGAAAAACCAUCAAAAAAUCAAGCAAACCAUAGUGUAUAUAUACCAGAAACUUAUGGAUCAUCAUCUACUCACAAAAGCUUAGAAAAAAAGAAAUUAGUGAGAAAAUCAAUGUUGCCUUCUAGUUUAUCGAUGGAAUCAUUGAAGGAGGAAGAGGCACAUAGCAAGGAUAUGGACUUGCAAUUAUUGUACAAUGAUUAUCUCAUAUUGACUAUGGUAGAACAUCUAUCAGAAAAUAAUUCUAAAGCAUUGAAAGAGUCGAUUGUUAGACAGUCUGCUGAUAUUGCUAAAGAAUGUGCUGGAGACGAAGAAGAACUAAACAAAUUAAAGAUUCGAGAGAAAGAUAUAAUGCAUUUGAGUAUCGUCCAAACCAAACUAGAUGCACAAAUCGAAGUAAUGAAUAAUUAUAUCAAAAGCGGUAAGAUAGGUAGUAUAAAAGACAUUAUGUCUCAACUAUGUAUGGCUUUGAAACCUUUGGAUAUUUUACGGUGUAAUAACAUAACUCUACCUGAGAAAACCAAUGAAUGGUUAGAGUUACAUGAAACUUUGAAGAAAUGCAAAAAUACUCUUCACAAUAUCCGAGAAUUGAUUAACACUAAUUUAGAAACGUAUGAAGCCUUGCACAAAGGAAUAAAAGAUUUUACUUCAACAUACAAUGAUAUUGAAGCUUGUCAGGAAAAGUUGGACAAUGCACUCCAAUACUUGCAAAUAAUGGUAUUGAAAAAUGGUUCUUUUUCUUUGCAAUAGUAUUAAUAAUAUUAGCAUUUAAGACAUGUAAUAUAUAGAUACUCCUAUUAUUUUUAUAAAAAUAUAUUACAUACUGCCAGUAUGGAGAAAAACUAA